GAAGAGAACUCCGCCCCAACCGGAAGUAAUUACUAGCAGCUCUAGUUGUUGUUAUUGUUGUUGCUGCUAGUCGUUAAGAAAGACAUUUGGUUGGGUUUUAUUAUUAUUUUUAGUAUUAUUAUUCUUAACCGAGAUUUAUUAAGACACACAACAUGGGAAAGAAACACAAAAAAUACAAACCGGAAUGGAGAACAGUGGACGGAGAUUAUGAGGACCAGCCCUUGGAUAAGCCGCUAAAGUUGGUGUUGAAGGUCGGGGGCAGCGAGGUCACUGAACUCUCUGGCUCAGGACACGACUCGAGUUAUUACGAUGAUCGCUCUGACCACGAACGGGAGCGCCACAAGGAAAAGAAAAAGAAGAAGAAGAAGAAAUCCGAAAAGGAGAAGGACAAGCACUUGGAUGAUGAAGAAAGGAGAAGAAGAAAGGAGGAGAAGAAGAAAAAACGUGAAAGAGAGCAGCUGGAAAACACAGCCAGUGCCCCGGUGGAGCCCUUCACCCUGACUAAGCCUGUAGAGGUGGUGGUGGAGGAGAGGAAGAGGAAGAGGGAGAAGUUUGAGGUUGAGAUUGAUGAGUUCCACCCCAGCGUGAAAUUAGAGCCAGAGACGCAGGCUGACCGGCCUGUCAGAGCCUGCCGCACUCAGCAAGAAAAUGAGAGCACGCCUCGCCAGCAGCUCCUCGAGCACUUCCUGCGUCUUCUACAGAGGAAAGACCCUCAUGGGUUUUUUGCCUCCCCUGUGACGGACGCCAUCGCACCAGGCUACUCCAUGAUCAUCAAACAUCCUAUGGACUUCAGCACCAUGAAGGACAAAAUCGCCAUGAAUGAGUACAAAACAGUCACAGAGUUUAAGGCAGACUUCAAGCUGAUGUGUGACAAUGCCAUGGUGUAUAAUAGACCUGAGACAGUCUACUAUAAAGCUGCUAAGAAGCUUCUUCACACAGGCUUCAAGAUGAUGAGCAAAGAGCGGCUGUUAGCUCUGAAGCGCAGCAUGUCUUUCAUGCACGACAUGGAUUUCUCUCAGCAGGCCGCCAUUCUGGGCGACGAGGACGUGGCCGGUGAGGAACCUGUACCAGAAGUUGCCCAUUUCCACACAGAGUCUGCCAAAAAAUCCAAAAAGCAGCCGGUUAAAGAGCCCAUGAUAAGUGAUCUGUACGAGCCGGAGGGGAACGCGUGUAGCCUGACAGACAGCACAGCUGAGGAACAUGUCCUGGCACUGGUGGAGCAUGCAGCUGAUGAGGCCCGGGAUCGCAUCAACCGCUACAUGCCAAACUCGAAGAUAGGAUACAUUAAGAAGGAAGCAGAUGGAGCUCUGAUUUAUACUGUAGUUAAUCAGGAUCCAGAGGCAGAAGAAGAAGAGACCCAUACUGUAGAUUUGAGCUCUCUGUCCAAUAAGCUCUUGCCUGGCCUUACAACAUUGGGAUUCAAAGAUGACCGGAGACACAAGGUGACGUUUCUGAGUAGCGCUUACAACACUCAGACGCUGCAGAACAACUCCAUCUACCCAGACCUGCUUCCUGAGGAGAUGGAUAUGCUGUACUCAGCUUAUGGAGACGAGACGGGGGUGCAAUGUGCUCUUAGCCUCCAGGAGUUUGUGAAGGACUGUGGCAGUUUUACCAAGAGGCUCGUCGAUGAUCUGUUAGAUAAAAUGACAGGCAGUGAUCACUCCAAGGCCAUCUUCCAAAUCCGACAGAAAAGAAACAUGCCAGUGGACGAAGCCAAGUCUGCUUUAUGUGAUAUGCAGAGUGCAGAUGAAGCCAUGAUGGACAGUGGAUCAGUGCUGGACUUCAUGAGUCUAAAGAAUUACCCAGACAUGACCCUGGACAUGCUCAACCCUCUGGCAGGAAAACCUGUGAAGAAGGAGCCCGAGCAUGAGGACAGCCACCAGCACUUUGACGACACGGCCAAGCUGCUGCAGGAAUUCCAGGACGCAGCGGUGGACAGGGUCGGCUCCAGACCUUCGUCCAAUCUCUCCUCUCUCUCCAAUGCCUCAGAGAGAGACCAGCACCAUUUAGGAAGCUCACCUCACCUGGGUGUUGGAGACCAGGCGGAGAUGGUUCACGACCCCUACGAAUUUCUGCAGUCUCCAGAGCCGGACUCGGGCACCAGCUGACGUGUGCAGUGUUUCUCCGUGUAAAUGGACUGACUCAGUGCUGUGUGAUUAUGUGCUUGUGUCUGUGAGCUUGUACAGAUUAGCUGCUAUGGAUGUUUUUGUUUUUUUUUAAACAAUAAAUACUCCUCGUGAGUUUGUAUUUGCA